AUGCUGGGAGUUAACGUCAACGAAGCAUCGACCUCAAUGUGUCAACCACUGAUGAUACUCAAAGUGCAUCCCCAAAUAUGCUAGUAAGUAAUCAAGAACUGUUCUUUUUCCAAUAUAUUAUUUAAUUAUUGUCCUUCAUGAGUUAUUAAAUGCUUAACUAUUGAGUUAUUGAAUAUUUUGCGCCAUCAAUGAGCGAAUUCAUGAUCAUGAAUAGAUUCAUUCAUUCAUGCAUAUAUUAUAGUAUUUAUUGUAAACAAAAUAUUGAUCCUAGUUUAUUGACAAUCGUUUUAUAUCAAGUCUCAAAAAAGAUUAUUAAGUCUGCACUAACAUUAGAUUAAAACAUUUUCUGUUUUUCUUGUUUUAAGAGUGCUCCAGUGUUAGUCGAUGCAUCGCCAUAUGUUCUAAAUCAUGCGAACAAAGAACUCAUUGAAGUUGCAAGGAGAGGCAAUCCAUCGGUCCUGAGGCAGAGAUCAUUUGAUGGGUUAAGUUCUGAAACAUGGAUGGCUGAACUCAUAAACGAAAUGAAAACAAGGUGUCUUAUGGCUCAUCAAAUUCUUUCUGGGCUGUUCGAAAACAGCAUUUAUCCAGAUAAGAGGAAUCCUGCUUUGUGCUUAAUUUAUGGCAUCAUAAUGUUCCUAAGAUGUCAUGAGUUAAGCAAAAUACAGAGAAUAAAUUCUGUUUUACUCAUACAAGGACAAGCAUCUGUUAACGUAAGUUAUUCUUAACAGUUUUGUAUUUAUGUUUCUGAGUUCUAAUUUAUAGUGUCAUACAGUAUGCUUUAUCACGUUGACAAAUAGAAUUUGUCCAAUAACGACUUAUCACAGACUUGCUCUGCAAUUGUACUUUAACAUCUCCCCCCUCGCAAGAUUAUAUUGUAAUUUUUGAUUUCAAUACUGACCCCCUCUCCCCCUUGUGGAACAAGUCAGCGAUCUGUCGACACUGAACAGAAUACAUACUGUAUUUGUCAAUAACCUUGCGCUCAGCUGUACUAAGAGGAUAGUUGAUGCCACAGCUACACAUCCGACAGUAAAAACUCAGUGCACUAUCCCCUGUUGGUCAUGUUUGGAAUUAGUUUAAUAACUGCUAGAACUAAAACUAUGUGUUUGACACAUUUGUGAAUUGGAUUCAUAUUGUAUACAGGGUUUGUACAAAACUUGAAAGUCCUUGAAUAUGAAAACAAAAAUUCAAGGCCUUGAAAGUCCUUAAAUCUAUAACGAGGUACUUGAAAGUCCGUGAAUUUGUUUUGCUUCAGCUUUCCGACAUUGUAUUUUCUGAAAUUUGUUAUAUUUCACAGUUGUAGAUUAAAACCACCUUUAGGAAUUUCAAACCCCUGCCUGGAAAGUCCUUAAAAGACCUUGAAUUUUAAUGUUCCUUACCUGUAUGAACCCUGUGAAUGUUGCAGGCAAAGAUGUUCUGGGGGGUUCACUCCCCCAGAAAUGAUUUGCACCCCCCAGAAGCAUUGGGCAACGCCCCAAAGGUUUUUGCACCCCCGAAAAUUAUAUAUAUUUUGAUUUGAUAGUGUCAUAUUUGAUUGUUCUUAUUACUAAAUUGGUAAAAUUACCAAUAUUAUGGUCUCAGAUCUCACCAUGCAAGCCUAGAAAACAAAUUUUGUUAAACUUUUUCCUUGGCCUUUCCGGGCGUUGCCACCACGCCCCAGUCAAAGCAAGCAGCAGCACCCCCCAGAUAAUUAUCCCCCCCCCCGAACGAAAAUAGGAAAAUCGGUCUCUGGUAUAUUGAUUUUUAUUUUGUGUCAUUGUUAGAUGAUUGCUGAAUUAAAUAAGUAUGGUUUCUGUCGUGAGCCAAAAAUGAAGUACAACAUCCUCGAUGACAUUGGCAAUCAUUUUCUUGACCGUGCUGCAGAGUUGGUGAAGUCUGGACACAGGUUUGUGUAUGUCCUCGACAACAUUGAUUGGGAAGAAAAAGCCCAUGAUAUGAGACAGGAUGUACAAAACCGAAGUGUGCAUGCAGUUGCUACCAGCAUUGUGUUUAAUAGAGUUCCAGAAAAAGAUUUACCAAACUCUGGUCCACAGAAGAAUCUACAUCACUGUAAUGUCGACGAUCUAGUGAUUGUGAAUGAUGAAGACACCAAAACAAUUCGAGCCCGCUACCUUUCAAUCAUUGCAAAACUAUUUUUUUUUUAG